UCAGUCAGUAGAUCUGCUGAAACACCUAAAGAUCGAGACACACGGUAUGAAGCUGAUCGGAUCAUAGCAUCUAUUUUAAAAGCUGUUGAAUCAUUUGAUUUAAAGAUCGAAAGUCACAACAAGAAACUGAUCGGAUCAGAGACUCCAUUUUAA